UUGGAAUUUACGACAAUACAAAUUGCGCCAAGUUAUUUCAAACGAACCGUUUCUUCUCAACUUCAAAUACAAUCAGACUUUUCCGUACUUUCAUUGAAAUCGAAUUGUCAAAGCAUAUUAUUUAGCACAAUUAAGUUGGCUUUCGAUUUAGGACGAUAAGUUGGACAACAGGGCAUUUUUAUUUAAGACUGAAAUCCAGGGAAGAAGAAGCUGAAUUAUUUAAAAUUAAUUUAAAUUCCUCUCGUUGAACGUUAAGGUAAAAUAAUAGCUAACAUGAAUCAAAUCUGCGCGAUAUUUAUUGGAUGCUUGCACAUGGUUGUGGUGUCAACCUCGCCUCUGACAACAUCUUUGUCGAAGCUGCCAUUACAGAUCACCAGCUCCAAUGAACCGGAUAUCCGAUUGUCCAAACGAACGGCUCGAAGCUCCGGCGGACAGAUAGGCUGUACGCAUAUGGAGAGUUUUCCCGGCGAGUACCAAUACGUGUCCGAUGGAACCAGUGCAGUUUGUGGAUUGUACCUGAUUGGCCAACCGGACCAGAUCGUACAAGUAACAUUUGAAGACCUUAAUGUCAACUGUCAUACGGGAGGAGCCGUUGCAUUCUUCGAUGGUUGGGAGCUACAACACGAGCUGUUCCCAAGCGAAUUCGACCACCCGCUGGGUUUUAAUGAAAGGUACCACAUGUUCUGUAACGGUGGCGCUGUGCCCAUGAAGAUGUUUACGUCAUCGCAGAACGUUGCUAUGCUACAUUUUCUGGUAAAGGAAGUCGGUGAAGGGUUCAAAAUCAAGGUCAACUUCUUGCCAAAUCCCCAACCUUGCAACGCCGUUGCGAUGCUCGAAUUCGGCACACUGACGAUGAAGAAUUACGGUCUCCGGCGUAACUGCUCCGUCUCCAUCAUCUAUCCAGAGGAGAUCCAACUGGUGAACGUUGACGUUGGUGUGACGUCAGAGUCCAGCGUCUACGAGGCGGAAGUGGGUCUUUCGGACAAGCAGUGCCUGAAGUACGGAGGCGGCGACUAUGUGCAGCUGUUGAACGGCAACGGGCUCGACACAACCAUUAUGAGGACCAAGGGAAUUCUCUGUGGAAUGGACUCAAAAAAUGAAAAAGAGGCAAGCUUUGUCCUUAGCUGCCAACACAGCGUUGUUCGUAUGGUGUCCAGUGGGGAAUUCCACAACACCGUCACCUUCAUGUAUGCCCCUCCAGCUGAGUCGCAGCCCGGAACAUGCUAGAGCGCAUGCGCACACCAUGACUUUUCGAAGAAAACAUAUAACCUAAGACACGUUGAGCGAAGCUAUAUGGCAACCACUUUACGGCAGCCAUUUUGAUUGUCGACGUAUCGUUUCUUAUAAGCUAUUAUUACUUCCAGUUUGAAAAGGUUUUCAUAUUUUAUGGUUUGAUAAAUUACACACUUUCAUUUAAUAUCGUGCUUAUGGGGGACCAGUGGAUAUAUAUAUAUCAUGUUAUGUGGUAUAUAUGGCGUUAUAUGUGGAAAUCUAGAAUUAAUAGUUUAUUUGUUUCAGUGAAAACACGUUAUAGAACUUUGAUUGAAAUUAUCAAUUUGUAUGGGUUUAUAUCCUUAAUGGUUACAUAUUUAUGUGACGCAAGUGCGUUAUUUACAACACCUUAUAGGUCGUUUUCUUGAUUAAUAUACGUAUAACAAGUUAUAAUGUAAAAAUCUAUUGUAUGGAAAAUGAUUUUGAAUUGGAAAUUAAACAAGCGCAAGUUU